UCUCGUCUGCAGAGAAGCGGCUUCUCGCGCGCCUGAAGGCCCGGCUCCGACCGCGAAAGCCCGCUUGACGCCGGAAGCAGCCGCGAGUGCCUGGCGCCCGGGCUGAGAACAGAAGACCACGCCCCGCGAUUACACCCCGGCGGCCUCUACAGCCCGGCGGCUCCCGCCUUCGCCGCCCGCCCUCACUCCUCGCCUCUGAGCUGCGACGCGACACCCUGCCUGCAGGUGGAGGACCCGGCCCGAACACCCCGACCAGAGACUCAAGAUGGCGGUGGCCGCGUAACUGAGCAUCCCGCAGGCUUCGCUCCGAGAACGCGGAGGACUGACACUGGGGGGCAGCGGAAGGACGAGAGCAGGACUGUGGUGUCGUUUGUUAAUCGUGGUGGCGUGAAGCUUGACUCCUCGGGCAUAUUGCGGGGGAGUGUCUGCUGUUGUCCUAAGUCCUAGAGCACAGGGAACCACAGUAACCCGUAUUUUGUAAAAUUGGGGCCUUUGAUAGUUGGCAAAAUGGCGAUGACACUGUUGGAAGACUGGUGUAAGGGGAUGGAUGUGAACUCCCAGAGAGCCCUGAUGGUCUGGGGGAUCCCAGUGAACUGUGAUGAGGCUGAAAUCGAAGAGACCCUCCAGGCUGCGAUGCCCCAGGUGCCCUAUCGAGUGCUUGGGAGAAUGUUCUGGAGGGAAGAGAAUGCCAAAGCAGCCUUGUUAGAGCUCACUGGUGCUGUCGAUUACACCGCGAUCCCCAGGGAGAUGCCCGGUAAAGGAGGGGUGUGGAAAGUGGUCUUUAAGCCCCCGACUUCCGAUGCUGAAUUUCUAGAAAGGUUGCACCUCUUCCUGGCAAGAGAGGGGUGGACCGUGCAAGAUGUUGCCCGUGUCCUUGGGUUUCAGAACCCCACUCCGGCCCCGAUCCCAGAUAUGCCAGCAGAGAUGCUAAACUAUAUUUUGCAUAAUGUUAUUCCGCCUCUUGUUGAGUCCAUAGGGUACAAGAAGCUGACACUCUUCUCCGGGAGGGACAUCCUGGGGCCUGGAGAGGAGACAUUUGAUCCCUGGCUGGAGCACACUAAUGAGGUCAUAGAGGAGUGGCAGGUGUCAGAUGUGGAAAAGAGGCGGCGGUUGAUGGAGAGUCUUAGAGGUCCUGCUGCUGAUGUCAUACGCAUCCUCAAGACCAGCAACCCUGCGAUUACCACCGCCGAAUGCCUGAAGGCGCUUGAGCAAGCGUUUGAAGUGGAGAGCUUUAGGGAUGCGCAGGUCAGAUUUCUGAACACUUACCAGAAGCCGGGAGAAAAGUUAUCUGCUUAUGUCAUUCGUCUGGAGCCUCUGCUGAAGAAGGUGGUGGAGAAGGGGGCCAUAGAUAAAGAUAACGUGAAUCGAGCCCGCCUGGAGCAGGUCAUUGUCGGGGCCAACCACAGCGGGGCCCUCCAGAGGCUGUGGCUGACCGCGGUUGCGGAAGGGCCAGCCCCAAACCUCUUCCAGCUGCUGGUGCAGAUCCGCGAGGGGGAGGCUGAGGAGGAGGAGGCGGAGGCUGUCCUCCUGCAGUUAGGCCUGAAGGGGCCCCUCUGAGUCCCCAUAAAAGGGGCUUUAGUGCAGACCUAGAUCGCAGCUGCUUUCGUUCGUUGUCUCUGUGCUGUCUUACACGUGUGUCUCCUAGUAGUAAAGACUUAG